AUGCCGCAAGCUGAAGUGUACGUUGGAAAUAUUGCUCGUGAAAUUUCCAAAAAAGAUCUUGAAGAUAUCUUCGAAAGCUAUGGACGCAUCAUUCGGUGUGAACUGAAACAAGGUGCAUCAAAUUACGCCUCGAGUUAUGGUUUUCUUGAAUUCGAGUCAAAUUCUGAUGCCGAAGCUGCGAUCAAUGGAGAGAAUGGUCGAGAACAUCAAGGUAAAUCCUUAAUUGUUCAAUGGGCACGAUCAUCCAAACGUGGACCACCAGGAAAUGGCGGUGGUAAUCGGAAUAAUAUGCAAUGUUAUAAUUGUUUACGAACUGGUCAUAUGUCUCGUGAUUGUCGAGAAAGUCGACGAGGUGGUAAUCGUAAUGAUAGUAGGAGAGGUUCAAAUUACGACCGAGGCAGCCGUCGUCGACGUUCUCCUUCUCGAUCCCGAUCUCGAUCUCGUUCCCGCUCUCGAUCACGUAGUCGAAGUUAA